AUGCUACAGCUAAACCAAGUGAUACACCCAGAUACAAGGAACAAGAGGUUCAAGUUUGAGCCAUUUUUACUCAAAGAAUAUAAUUUUGGGUUAGAUCCAGACCGUCCAGUAUGCCAGUUCUACAAUCCACUGAACCCAAAUAAUUCAUGCCCAAAUGGAAGUCUUUGUCCACAUAAGCAUGUUUCGUCCAUGUAUUCGAACAAGAUCGUGUGCAAGCAUUGGUUAAGAGGUCUCUGCAAAAAGAAUGAUCAUUGUGAGUUCUUACACGAGUACAAUUUAAGAAAGAUGCCGGAGUGCUUGUUCUACUCGAAAAACGGCUUCUGCACACAGACACCCGAAUGUCUCUAUUUGCAUGUUGAUCCCCAACUGAAAAUACCUCCAUGUUCUAGUUAUGAAAAAGGGUUUUGUCCAGACGGUCCUAAAUGUGCAAACAGACAUAUUAGAAAAAUCAUGUGUCCAUUGUGGCUUACUGGUUUUUGUCCCAAGGGUGCUGAAUGUGACUACACUCAUCCAAGAUUCGAAGCUAUAAUAGACAGGUUAAGGAUUAAGCCGGAUGAGGAUGCUGUAGAAGAAAAAGAAAAAGUGGCCAAUGGGUCCGACAAAGAAGAUCAAAAUAUGGCAGAUGCUACACUGAAUGGAAAUACCGAAGAAAAGGACGAGUCCGGGCCUUGA